AUCCAGCUAAUCAAGAAGAAGUCUAAAAACUACAUUCAGUGGAUGGGCGGUCAGACCAGCGCUCAAAUGGAUCAGGAACUGAAUGAUCUAAAUGAGGAGGAGAAGAAGCUGGACGAGUUGAUACAAAGCUGUACGUGGCAGGUUCACCAGAUGUGUGAGAACCAUCAAGGUCAAAGAUUUGCAUAUUUGACUUAUGAGGAUGUCCGAAGAUUACCAAAUUUGGAAGAACAGACUGUGAUUGUGAUCAAAGCCCCUGCAGAGACCAAACUGGCGGUGCCACACCCAGAAGAGAGCCUACAGGUCCACCUUUGCAGCACACAAGGGCCCAUUGAAGUAUUCCUCUGCUCUGACGACCCCGGCGUACCGAUGGAAGACACACUUGGCCCUUUAGUAAAUUGCAGCAGCUUAAGCUCGACCAACGGCACUGCCUACUCUACCUCUGGAAUCAACAGUAUCUGCAACCCGCUGUCCGCGACAACAAAACACUCGUCACCAGUCUCUGACCGCCCUGUUGACACAAUGACCAUACCUCAUGUUUCCCCAUCUGAAGAUGAGCAAAGUUUUGUCUGUCUUACUUCACCUGUAGCCUUCUCUGUUGAUGGAAAGGAGUAUUUCCUGAGCCUGGCUAAGGAUGAAAACAUCACUGACCUCUUCAACUCUGCUAACUAGAACAAUCGACCCCCCUUCUGUAAACCGCUGUUUACAGUAGAAAGGACAUCCUGCCACAUACACAUCAUCAAGGGCAAACUGAAAAACAAAAACAUAUUAAUAAUGUAAAUAUGUUCCUUUUUAUAUUCACUUUUGCCUAUCCACAACAGUUCAACAAGGAUUUAUUGACACUUGGGUAUUUUGUGCUGUUGGUGUUUUUUUAUUUUUCAAAAGUGCUUUUGACAAACAUAUCUGCAAGCCCUCCUUAAGUGUCUCACAAUGUCUGGGCUUUGAAGUCUCAACACAGGGUUACUCUAGACCCCUGUGAUGGUUUGAAAGACUUUUCAGAUGACAACUGAUCAGGAUCACAAAGAAGUUGAUUUUGACUCCUCUCCAAAUGGCCAUAAUCACAAUCACCUACUCGUACAUAGUACGCUCUUUACUGAUCGGUAUCUUGUAUAACCAACCCUACAAUACAUGAAUUAUCAACUAUUUUCCAAGGUAGCUUCUUUUUAUACGCUGAUAUGCCACAUACAGUAUUCCUUUGUGUAUCUGAACAGCAAAGCAGUUGCCAAGUUUUCUAUAUCGGUUUCUUUGUUAUUGUGUAUAAAAAUGCAGUAAUUCACAAUAGAAUAUGAUUUCCUUGUUGUUUUACAGCAGUUAUGUUGUUCUGCACAUAUAAACACACUUUUGGUUGAACAUA